GGCUAGUAGGACACACCCAUCAAGUGUUACCAUCUACAGAAGAGAACAACCAACCAACAAGUAGGGGUCGGCCAUGGUGCUCAAUAUGUCGGUUAUACGAGUAACUUGCAUGCCUCCGUCAGCGAGGGCGCAAAGGGUAACAAAAAUAGAUGCAGAAAGGUUCAUUCAUACCAUCAAGAUCAAAUUUGCAGAUCAUCCCGAGAAGUUUAAUCAGUUCUACAACAUUUUAAAAGGAUUCUGCCAGGGCAGGAUUGGCAUUUACACUGUUGCUGACCAUGUGAGGAUUCUAUUUGAUGGGUAUCCAGAGCUACUCCUUGCCUUCAAUAAAUUCUUGCCAAAUCGUUGCAAGAUCUUUGCUCAUUCAAUGGUUUAGCUUGGUAGCUACAAAUAUAUCUGUCAUAACUCCCUACCUUGGUGUAUGUGUGCCAGCCAUUUUAGUUUUAAAAGUAUUAUUGAUGUUAAAUAUUUUAAGACAGUUACAAAUUGUUCUUAUAGUACUCAUGUGAGUACAUGAGUACUUACUAUAUGUCAGAGU